AUGGGUGCCCUCGAAGCAGAAAAGCACAGCCCGGUGCGGCUGGACACCAGCAGCAACAACAACAGCAACAGCUUAUAUGACCGAUCCAGCACAGAGCCAGAUGCCUUCAACGGAGAGUUUGUGGAGGGCGAGGGCCGCCAAGCCGUGCAGAGUGACCUAGUCGUCACGGAAGACGACUUGCUCGAGGCCAAGGACUUGGCAUCGACCUUCUCGCUAGACGAGGUGCGCGAGCUCAUGCUCAACGUGCACAAACUGCACAAGCGUGAUCCCAACUUCCCAACCUCAGUCCUCGACAAGAUUGAAGACUUCCUCGGGAACGAUGAGGUCUUUGCCAACCCCGACAAGUACGAAGCGCUCAUCAGCGAGAUCAAGGUGGAGGCGGCCCUCAUCACCAACAACUCGCCGUACGCCGAAGUACGCUCCGUCGUGCCAAACCAUGACGACCCAGGCAUGCCCGUCUCGACCAUCCGCGCCUGGGUCAUUGGCAUCUUCUUCUCGGCCUGCAUCGCCUUCAUCAAUGGCUUCUUUGAGAUCCGACAGCCUGCUAUCACUGUCACGUCCAACGUGCCGCAGCUGCUGGCGUAUCCUCUCGGCAAACUCCUGGAGAAGAUCCUGCCUGACGUGGGCUUUACUCUCUUUGGCGUCCGGCAUAGCCUGAACCCGGGCCCCUUUAACCGCAAGGAGCACAUGCUGGUCACCCUCAUGGCCAGCAUCGCCAAGAACAGCCCUUAUACCAACCACAUUGUCUGGACGCAGUACCUCUACUUUGGUCAGAAAUGGGCCUUGAGCUUCCCCUACCAGCUGCUCAUCGCGCUGAGCACCAAUUUCAUCGGGUACGGCCUGGCCGGUCUCUGCCGCCGGUUCCUGGUCUACCCGUCGUUCUGUGUCUGGCCCUCGUCGCUGGUCACCAUUGCGCUCAACACGGCCUUCCAUGGCGAGGGCAACCCCGGGGCCUUGGGCCCCUUUGGCAGGAUCUGGCGAGCGUCGCGCAUCAAGUUCUUCGCCAUCGCCUUCGCCCUCAUGUUCGCCUACUUCUGGCUCCCCAACGUUCUCUUCAGCGCGCUCAGCAUCUUCAGCUGGAUGACCUGGAUCGCACCCAACAACGUCGACCUCAACAUUAUCACCGGCAGCCAGCAAGGUCUGGGCUUGAACCCCUUCCCCACGUUUGACUGGAAUCGCUUCGUCUUUUGGGUCGACCCCUUGAUGGUCCCCUUCUUCACCACCCUGAACAUGUUCAUCGGCGCGUUUGUCUCCUUUUUCAUCAUCCUCGCCCUGUACUACGGCAACGCCUUCAACAUGGCCUUUCUCCCCAUCAACGUCAACCUGCCGUAUGACAACACAGGCAUGCCCUACAACGUCACCCGCAUCCUCGACGCCAGGGGCAUCAUUGACGAGGAAGCCUACCAGGCCUACUCCAUCCCCCACAUCACCGCCGGCAGCAUGAUGACCUACCUCGCCUUCUUCGCCGUCUACAGCGCGACAGUCGUCUACGGCAUCCUUUACCACCGCCACGAGAUGGCCAUGGGCUUCAAAGACCUCUACAACAGCUUCCUCCCCUCUAAGAAGGGCAUCGUCGAAAAGGGCCGCGUGCUCGACGUGCACAACCGCCUGAUGAAAUCCUACCGGGAGGUGCCCGAGUGGUGGUACCUCAUCGUCCUGCUCCUCUCCACCGUCUUCGGCUGCGUGGCCAUCGGCUGCUGGCCGACCAACACCUCCGUCGGCACCGUCUUCUUCGGCAUCGCGCUGGCCCUCAUCUUUGUCGUGCCCAUUGGCAUCAUCUACGCCAUGACCGGCGUCGAGGUCUCCCUCAACGUCCUCGCCGAGUUUAUCGGCGGCUCGUGGGUCGAGGGCAACGCCCUCGCCAUGUGUUUCUUCAAGGCGUACGGCUACAUCACCUGCAGCCACGCCCUCCACUUCUCCAACGACCUCAAGCUCGCGCACUACCUCAAGAUCCCGCCGCGCAUGACCUUUUGCGCGCAGAUCGUCCCCACCCUCGUCUCGACCUUUGUCUGCGUCGCCAUCCUGCAGUACCAGAUCCACCUGCCCAACAUCUGCACCCCCGACGCCCCCUUCCGCUUCACCUGCCCCAGCGUCAACUCCUUCUUCACCUCCGCCGUCCUCUGGGGCACCGUCGGUCCCAAGAAGCUCUGGGGCGUCGGCGGUCUGUAUAGCCCUACCCUCGUCGGCUUCCCCUUUGGCGCCGCCCUCGUCGUCGUCUGCUACCUCCUCGCGCGCAGGUGGCCCAAGAACAACUCCCUGCGCACGAUCCAUCCCGUCCUCCUCACCUACGGCGGCAUCCUCUGGGCUCCCUACAACUUGACAUAUAUCUGGCCCGCCGUACCGGUCGCCGCCUUCUCGUGGCUCUAUAUCAAGGGCCGCUACCUGUCUCUGUGGUCCAAGUACAACUUUGUUCUCUCCGCCGCCUUCUCAGCUGGCAUCGCCAUCAGCGCCCUCAUCCAGUUCUUCAGUAUUUCCUUCAGCGACGUGGCCAUUGUCUGGUGGGGCAAUACAGUGAUUGCCCAAGGAUGCGAGGCCGAACCGGGCUUGUGUCGACACAAGACGGCGUUGCCGGAAAAGGGGUACUUUGGGGCGGACCCGGGCACCUUUAGCUAG